CUAGCUAAUUUGAAGACUCCCAAAGUCCCAGACUUGGUCUUCCGUCUCCGACUCUCUCCGCAAAUUUUCCAUAUAAUAACCCUCCUUCCACAUAUCCACACCCUAAUCUUGCAAACAUGUCUUGGUUAUCCAACGUUUCCUCACUGAAGCAGCAAGUGACUGCUCAAGUGACUCAAGGUCUCCUCUCGGCUUCGAAACUAUUGGAGUCCGAUGAGGAUGCAAUAAUUAAGAAAGUUCAAAAAACCCAUAAACCUCAGGGUCGCCAAGUUGAUAACCUUGACGGUUUAUUCAGCAUCAUUGGCAAAAUCUUGCUUCAUGACAAUCCCAAAAGUGAUCAUGAUGUUCCAAAUGAAAAAUCAGUAGUGCAUGAAGUACCGGCUUCCCCCAUAAACAAAAUCUGCUGCAAGCUAGCAUGCAAUUGCACGGAUAGAGAUGCGGAAGAAACAACUAUGACGAUUCUCGAAAAAGAACUUCAAAACUAUCUGUGGGAUGAAAAGCUGGUUAUUGUGGCAGCUGCUUUUGCAGUGAAUUAUGGUGAAUUUUAUCUGCUUACUCAGCUUGACACUCCAGAUCCAGUUGCCAAGAAUAUGGCUUUCCUUAAGCAGCUGCAAUUCAUCAAGGAAAUUGGCAGUGCAUCCCAAAAUCUCUCUGGAGCAAUUAAUGAGCUUAUCCACGCCAUAAUGACUGUAAUCAAAUGUGUUCUCCAGUUCAGUGUUCUAGAUCCUAAGUAUUUUGAAGCUGAAGAACAACCAUCUGCCCCGACUGAAAUAGCCAGAGCUACCUACUGGACGAUUUAUAGUGUUGUGACCUGCAGCUCUUAUAUUGCUAAACUUGUUGGGUUGAGAAAUCAGAACACCAUGGCAGAAAUGACAUCGCAACUGAAAACGCUGGCUUCUAAAGUUAGUAGCAUGCAGAAAGUCCUGCAAGUUAAAUUUUCUCAUCGCAAACAUGAAAUUGAAACUUACAAGUGGCUCAUCAAUCGUUUCAACACAUACCAAGACCAUACCAUCCUCAGCGACUUAUUUGACGUCGAGGGUGGGAAGACAGCCCUUGUGGUAGGCCAUGACAACAAGAAAGAGGUCGAUAUUAAUUCGCUAAAGGGCUCCAACGUGUGGCUGCUCAUAUCUGGUCCUGAUGCCUGUCAUGCAGAAAUGAAGACUCUUACUAAAUUGUACCUAAAACUGCAAACCAAGGAGCAGAAUAGGUAUCAUAUAGUGUGGCUUCCAAUUGUGGACGAGUUCAAUGAACGCGAGUUUUCGUCAUUGCAAUCCCUGAUGCCUUGGUACACAGUGCGAAAUCCUAAAAUCAUCAAACCAGUGGCCAUUAGGUACAUCAGGGAGGUAUGGAAAUUCACAAAUGAGACAAUUCUGGUGCCACUGCUUCCAAAAGGACAUUCAAAAUCCCUUACCCCUCGUACUCUUGACCCGCUGUGGAUAUCAGGAGAUUUGCUCAGCCUAUUCUCUGUUCACGAUCCAAAGAAAUCACUGUGGCAUCAGAAUCUGCAGAUAACCCUGGAUCUACUUCUCGGAGGAAUUUAUCCAGAAGAUUCGUCGAAACCAGCUUCAAUCUUAUGCCUUUACGGAGGAGAAGACAUCAAGUGGAUCGAGGACUUCACCACUAUGAUAAAUCGGGUUAAGAAUUCCACAAAGAUAAGCAUAGAUUUGGUUUAUGUGAGCAAGAGCAAUGCCAUCGAUCAUUACAACAAUGCCAUUUUCGAUUUCAUCACGGCAAAGAAGGUUGGUGGAUACUGGAAAGCUGAUGAAACACACAGUUGGCACUUUUGGACCCGAUUGGAAAGCAUCUUUUCUUGGGGGAUACAAGAUGGCAAGAAUGCUAAAAUAAACGAUACCAUGAGAGAUGUCAUGUCUUUGCUAAGCUUCAAUGGCAGCUACAAGGGAUGGGCUGUGUUUGGUCAAUUAGGAUCAUCUCAUAAAGUGGUGAAAGCCACAGGAGAAGUCGUUCUGGAUGUGUUAAGGAUAAAUAACUGGUGGAAAGCUGGCACGAACGUUGAUUCUUUUAUGCUAGCACUCAACCAACAGAUCGAACAACAUCUUAAGGUCCAAAAACACCAUUGUUAUCACGUUGUUCUCCCCACCACUGUUCCAAGGGUCCCAGAUGAGAUGAUGAUAUGCGCAAUUUGUGAUCGUAAAAUGGGCAAGUACCUGAUGUACCGUUGCUGCGAGUAGUGACCAAGCUUGGCUUGUUAUGGUGGAGGUGAUCACCGGCCAUCUGGUGUUUCGUUGAAAGAAUAAAUAAAUAAUUAAUGCGAGAAUUUUCUUGCAUUGCAAUUUAGGAUAUUCUGUGUUUUAGUGGUUAAUGUCUAGACUGGACGAUUAACCAGUCUCCACAUAAGUAUUUGCUUGUGUGUAUGUUAAGUCUAGCUCUAUACGAGCUAAGUAUGUGCUUGUGUAUGUUGUGCAAUAAACCUUGAAUGCUUGCAGUGCAAACACCUCCCCAGUUUGGUGUGCUUUCAACGAACUGUUAUAAUAAAACUUGAAGGCUGUAUUAAGCCUUUAUCAAUAUAUGUGUCUCUUUGUUCUA